AUGAGUGAAGCAAAUUCACCAGCAUUAGCACAAAUUCACUAUUGGAUCCGUGAAGAUUAUUUUGGCACUGCUCUACGAAAAAUGGACGAAUUUGGUGAUAGAGAAGUUGGUAGAGAGGGAGAAUGCCAUUGGAAAACUUUAAGAGCAUUUUGUAUUGUUAGGCUUGGUCGCUCUUCAGAGGCUAUGCGUUUGUUAAAUACAAUGCUAAGGGAUGAAAGCAUGGCAGAAUAUAAACUGUCGACAUUACACGCCCUUAGAAUUGCUCAUUGUAGUGAAAAGAAAAUUGAUCGAGAAGCAUUACGAGAAUUGGACAGACAAAUCCAAACUUUAUGGUCACAACAAAUACCCGAACGAGGUGCAUUUACUGCUACAACACUUUUACUUUUAGAUAGGCAAUUUGAAAGAGCACGUCCCCUUUUGGAUAAAUUAUCUUCUCAAUCAAAUUCUUCAGUUAAAUUAAAAUUUAAAAUUAAUUCAGUAAUUUUAUAGUUUCUCUCUCUUCGCGGUUGGUUAGAAUUAUUAUCAGGAAAAGUCUCUCAAUCAACUUUGGAAAGUUUUGAUAGAGCUAUUGCCUUAGAUAAAAAUGUUGAAGCAUUCCUAGGCAAAGCUCAUCUUUUUAAG